GAUACGCGACAGAUGUCAGUGGACUUGGAAAAUGGAAGCCAAUGCUGUAAACUCGGGCCUGUCCCGGAUCAAUAAAAUUAAACAUAAAACCAAGGAGACAUAUUUAUUUUGUCGCCAACGAGGAGAAAAACAAGCCAAACAUCAAAAGUAGAAGAAGAAGAAGAAGAAGAGAAAAACAAGCAUACCCAACAAAAUGGCGCAGGUAGACGGAAAAUGUCGGAAUAAUGGCCGUUUGCUUGAAGAGGAGUUAGCAUACACAGCUAGCAAUGGACUUCACACAACGAUAUUCACAACUUGGAUUAAUUCUUUAUGAAAAAACCCUUUUUGUUUUUAGCACUGAACCCUUAUGGACUAAAAGAAUUUUAAUAAUCGAGGACUGGAUGUAUAUUCGGACUUUAGGAGCCUCAAAGGUACCAGUUAUGUCAAACCCAGUGGGCAGUUUAUCAGAAGGCACAGUGUACGGAUCCCGAAUCGGGAUGACAGAGGACUCCCUCGCCGUCCUGGAGCGAAACAGAGGCUCCGGAGAACCCUGGGACCUGGUUGAAACCAAACCAAACGUGGAGGCCCUGGAGCGUGGCGUGCCAGGCCUCUACCUGUCCUGUUUCGACAUGCUCCUCACUGAAGAAGCCACCUGGCUGGUGAAAGUCUCAGAGGCCUCCCCAACACUGGCUCUACCUAUGACUCGCGUGGGGCCCCAGGAGGAACCGGAGCAAUGCCCCGUCAUCGACAGCCAGGAGCAGGGACUCUCUCCUGGGCUGGAGGGGCAGGAGGAGGAGCGGUCUCUGGAGCAGGUGCAGAGCAUGGUGGUGGGAGAAGUGCUGAAGGACAUUGAAACGGCCUGCAAACUGCUCAACAUCACUCCAGACCCUAUAGAAUGGAACACAGGGAACGUCCAGAAGUGGCUGCUGUGGACUGAACAUCUGUACAGGUUGCCCCACGCAGGAAAGGCCUUCCAGGACCUGACAGGAAAGGAUCUGUGUGCUAUGAGCGAGGAGGAGUUUCGACAGCGCUCACCGCAAUGUGGAGACACACUGCACGCGCACCUGGACAUUUGGAAGUCAGCUGCUUGGAUGAAAGAGAGAUGUUCAGGUGGAGAUACAAAAACGACCGGAGGUGAGGAUCUUUGGUCCGAGGCAGACUCAUCUUGUUCUGGUCAGCCCAUUCAUCUGUGGCAGUUUCUCAGAGAACUCCUGCUUAAACCUCACAACUACGGACGCUGCAUCCGCUGGCUCAAUAAAGAGAAAGGUAUUUUCAAAAUCGAAGACUCGGCUCACGUUGCGAGACUGUGGGGACUCAGAAAGAACCGACCUGCCAUGAACUAUGACAAGCUGAGCCGCUCCAUACGUCAGUACUACAAGAAGGGCAUCAUCCGCAAGCCUGACGUGUCUCAGAGACUGGUGUACCAGUUUGUUCACCCAGUAUGAGGCAGCGGCAUAAUGGGAGGAGAGGGAAGAGGAGAGAGAGGAAGAGAUGGGAACCUGGGACUCACUAUCUCACCAUGCACUUGAACACUAAGAUAAAAAGGUGAUAGGAGACAUGUGCAGUGAUCGACCCCGAUGGCACACACUUUCACUGCCAACACUGGAGCAACAGCUGCUGUGUGAAGGCUUAUCUGUGCACGACUCGAGAGGAAGAGACAAAACAAAGCGGCUGCCGGGGCUUUUUCCUGCUGCAGAAAAAAAAAAAAAAACAACCACAGAUUUAAAAAAAACCAGAAACUGCCUUUGUCAUUUAUUUGCAUGAUCUGCCUGUUUAUUUUUACAUAAUGUGAUUCUAAAUUACAAUCAUUCAUUACAGCAAACAGUUAGAACUGAUUGCUCCUUCUCAAGCUUCAGGAAAACGCCCACAGCCUGCAGCUACAUUUGUUUUGCCUUUUUGUUUCGCUUGUCUUGACCACUGUCUCUGUUUGAAUUAGAGCCAGUUUUACUGCUUCAGUUGAAAAUGUGGUGAGGAUUGUUUUUGCUUCGUUUUUGGGUUUGGUCCUGGCUGUUAUACACACAAUCACUCAGUCAGCUCCUGUAACCCAUCGACCAGCUUUUAUCUCAUCUGAAUCAUACAGAGAAGGAGACUUUAACAGUUUGUUGGAUCUGGAUCCAAGAGUGGAAACCUGUUAUCAGAGAAUCUUCAGCACCUGCUGUGACUGUGUCAUGUAACUGUAUUUUUUUUUUCUCUGUAUGUGUUCCUCGGUAAAGACUGAUGCAAUAUUGUGUCACUGCUGAAGAGCCCUGCUUUAUACUUUGAACUGUCAGUUUUGGUUUGUGCUGCUGUACAUUGCAUUUUAUGUUGUGGGUGUUUUACUGUGGAGACCCGAAGUGUUUAAAGUAUAAUAACUUGUAAAAACAUCAUGAAAUAAAUAAUCAUGUAAAUAAAUGCAGACAUUAAUGUGAUAUUACAAUGAAAUUGUGAAAUAUUUAUUAUUGUUUUAGUCAUGCUAAUAGA